AAUGGUAUAUAAAUGCCCCACAGAGCAGCAUUGCUUUAGUCGUACCAUUUCAUUUAUCAAAUAAAAACCGGACUCUCCGUGGAUUAUUUAUCCACGGAGAGUCCAAAAAAACGCUGCAGUAUUAAAAAAAAUCAAUAAAAAAAUAAAAAAAUGAAAAAAAAAGUGAAGUUCAGUGGCAUUUCCUUAGUUAGGAUGCAUUCGUGCAUCUGGCUAAAAAAACAACAAAGGAGAUAACAGCCAGAAUAAAAUUAAAAUCUAAAUACUAGUGCUACAAAAUAAAUCAAAGGACGACUCACACACAAGCUCUAAAAUGUUUAAAGGAAUGUUGUGUAUUUUGGUUGUUCUGAAAUGUUGUUCAGGACAACAAAGUGCAUCACCAAUUGCUUUCGAGGCAACCCCAUCUGACCUCAUGCAAUUCCAACAAUACUGCAGCAAAUUUGACAUUGAAACAGGAACUUUAGUUGCACAUAGGAGAAAAAUUCCAAAUCUCUUCUAUAAACUUAAUUCAAAAUGCUAUCGCCGCUUAUUAGCUCAUCGCUUCUUAUGGGUCGACGAAACAUACGCGGAAAAAUUCAAAAAUUCCCAAAUACACAUCCUCGAACGGACAACUGAAGACAGUAUGCUAAAUCUGGCAAAUACAAUUGAUAGGAAUGUCAGAGAAAAUAGAGCGUACAUUUUGGUGGAAUUAAUUCCAAGAACUAUCAGCAGAGUUAUUGAAAUAAGAAAAAAUAAAGUAUGGAAACGGCAGACCCUAAAGACACCUAUGCAGUACGUUGCAGAAAAAAAGACACACACUACAAUAAUACGAAAUGAAAAGGUGAUCUGCCUCAACUUCCAAGGGUACUACCAAAUCAAGACCAAAGGAAAGAUAAAUAUUGAAGAUUUUGGAAAUUCUCUGUGCUACAAAGUUUACGAAAACGUGGUUGUUCCAAAGGAUAUCCUAAAAGUUGGGGCUCCGUUGAGACAAGUACAAGCACAGAGACAGAUAAUUAUUUAUGAAGCGGAUGUAGAGCUGAUGGUUCAAACGAGUGAAAAAGAGAUGGGUCUUCUCAAACUCCCCGUCAUGAUCAAAGAGGAAACUAUAGCCAUAAAAACACUAACGAUCAUUUAAUAACUUAUAAUUAUAACUCAAAAUUUUAAAUUUUUUUUACAAGAACAUUAAACUGGUUUAAAUUUUUUUAACAAUUAUGUAAUAUUUAUUGAAUAAAUAAUGCCACUGAACUCCAAAAAAAA